AACCCCACUACGCGGGCAAGAAAGGUGGUGAUCCCCAGUCAAAACACUACGAUCUCCUGCUCUGGACCCAACCAAUACGCCCAUUCGUCUCAUAUUUGCUCCCCAGUGCUCGAGCGGCAAUCGUCCACCCUCCUGCGCAGCUUUCCCUCGAGGUGCCUACGAGAGAUCUGCAGCUCCAGUGUGCGCUUUGGGCUUCGGCGACCUCCCCACCGGAAUCCCCUCUCGAAGGACACGAUUUCUGAUCCCGAAUUUUCUGCUCAAUCACCAACAUGUCGGUCCUUCCGCCUGAUGUCCAUUCAGAGCUUACGCAGCUGCUGGAUGCGCUGCAGUCAUCCGACAACAAUGUUCGAUCCCAGGCAGAAGAGCAUCUCUCCAACAACUGGCAGGCCACGAAACCCGAGAUGCUCUUAAUGGGCCUUGUUGAGCAGCUCCAAGGUGCUAGCGAAGCAACGACACGUUCCUUCGCUGCUGUCCUCUUCCGCCGAAUAGCAUCCAAGUCGCGCAAGCUGCCUAACGGUGACAAUGUAGAGCUUUUCCUAUCUUUGCCUCGGGAGCAGGCCUACGCCAUCAGACAGAAGCUUCUUGAGGCCUUGGGCUCUGAAUCGGUCAACAGUGUCAGGAAUAAGAUUGGCGAUGCCGUCGCUGAAAUCGCGAGGGAAUAUUCUGAUAACAAGGAACAAUGGCCGGAGAUUUUGGGUGUCCUUUUCACUCUCAGCAUAUCAGAGCAGGUUGGACAGCGUGAGAACGCAUACCGGAUAUUUUCUACAACUCCCGGCAUCAUCGAGAAGCAGCAUGAGGAUACUGUGCUUUCUGCUUUUACAAAAGGCUUCAAGGAUACUGACGUUUCGGUCCGCCUUGCCGCUAUGGAAGCAUUUGCUUCGUUCUUCCGCAGCCUUUCCAAGAAGUCUCAGACGAAAUAUUACCCUCUCAUUCCCGAAGUCUUGAACAUCCUACCACCAAUCAAGGAAUCUCAAGAAUCAGAGGAGCUUACGAAAGCGCUUAUUGCCUUAAUAGAUCUAGCGGAGGUUGCUCCGAAGAUGUUCAAGCCUUUGUUCCACAACUUGGUAACGUUUAGCAUAUCUGUGAUCCAAGAUAAGGAGCUCAGUGACCAAGCUCGACAAAACGCUCUCGAGCUCAUGGCAACCUUCGCAGACUAUGCACCAUCAUUGUGCCGGAAGGAUCCUACUUACACUAACGAUAUGAUCACGCAAUGCCUGAGCCUUAUGACUGACAUUGGUGUCGAUGAUGACGACGCUGCUGAGUGGAAUGCUUCUGAGGACAUGGACCCAGAGGAAAGUGAUCUCAACCACGUUGCGGGCGAGCAAUGUAUGGAUCGGUUGGCCAACAAACUUGGCGGUCAGACAAUUCUUGCUCCAACCUUCAGCUGGUUACCACGCAUGAUGCUUUCCGAUGCUUGGCGGGAUAGACAUGCUGCUCUGAUGGCUAUUUCGGCGAUUUCUGAGGGUUGCAGAGACCUGAUGGUUGGCGAACUGAACAAGGUUCUAGAACUCGUGGUCCCUGCUCUCAGAGACCCACAUCCCCGGGUUCGAUGGGCUGGCUGCAAUGCCCUUGGCCAGAUGAGUACAGAUUUUGCGGGCACAAUGCAGGAGAAGUAUCAUCAAAUCGUCGUCCCGGCAAUCAUCCCGGUUCUCGACUCUCCCGAACCUCGUGUUCAAGCUCAUGCGGCUGCCGCACUUGUUAACUUCUGUGAAGAGGCGGAAAAGGAAGUCCUGGAACCUUACCUCGACGGUCUCCUAACCCAUCUGUUCCAACUCCUUCAAAGUCCAAAGCGCUAUGUCCAAGAACAGGCGCUUUCCACCAUUGCCACGAUUGCAGACUCUGCUGAAGCUGCUUUCUCAAAAUACUACGACACCCUCAUGCCUUUGUUAUUCUCUGUCCUACAGCAGGAAAGCACCAAGGAGCUUCGACUCUUAAGAGCAAAGGCGAUGGAGUGUGCGACACUUAUUGCUCUAGCAGUAGGCAAGGAGAGACUUGGCAAUGAUGCGAUGACUCUAGUUCAACUGUUGGCUACUAUCCAACAGGGUAUCACGGACGCCGAUGAUCCCCAAGCACAAUAUCUCAUGCACUGCUGGGGGCGAAUGUGCCGAGUCAUGGGACAAGAUUUCCUCCCAUUCCUACCGAGCGUGAUGCCUCCGCUGAUGGAAUUGGCUAGUGCCAAGGCUGAUAUCCAGCUUUUGGACGAUGAAGAACAAGUCGAGCAGGUCCAGCAAGAAGAAGGGUGGGAACUUGUUCCUCUGAAGGGCAAGGUCAUUGGAAUCAAGACAAGUACUCUGGACGAUAAGCAUAUGGCUAUCGAACUCCUGGUUGUCUAUGCGCAAGUCCUUGAGGGGUCAUUUGCUCCCUAUGUUGCAGAGGUUAUGGAGAAGAUUACGCUACCUGGCCUAGCAUUCUUCUUCCACGAUCCUGUUCGUGUGGUUUCCGCAAAGUGUGUGCCUCAACUCCUGAACUCAUACAAGAAGGCUUUUGGAAAUCCGUCAAACGAAUUACAAGCCCUCUGGAAUGGAACGAUUGUCAAAUUGCUGGAGGUUCUUAGCGCCGAGCCCGCUGUUGAUACUCUCGCAGAAAUGUACCAAUGCUUCUACGAAUCAGUCGAAGUCAUGGGAAAGAACUGCCUUACCCAAGAACACAUGUCGGCAUUCAUUGAUGGCGCAACUUCAGCUCUGGAAGAUUACAAGGACCGUGUGGCCACUCGAGCAGAGGAGAAAGCUGAAGCAAACCCAGAGGAUGGUGAGGAGGAUGAUGAGGAUACGUUAUUUGCUAUUGAGGAUGAUCAGACUCUACUCUCGGAUAUGAACAAGGCAUUCCACGUCAUCUUCAAGAACCAUGGCGUCGCCUUCCUCCCGACUUGGGAACGACUGCAUGCAACUUACACCGACUUCCUCAAAAGCCAAGACCCAACACAGAGGCAAUGGGGGCUUUGUAUCAUGGAUGAUGUCCUUGAAUUUUGUGGCGAGCAGAGCUGGAAUUACAGUUCCCAUAUUAUCGAACCCCUUAUUGCCGGUUGCAGAGACCCAGCACCUGCGAAUCGCCAAGCAGCUGCGUAUGGCAUUGGUGUAGCGGCACACAAGGGCGGCCCACAAUGGUCUCAAUUCUUGGGGGCUGCCAUUGAGCUUCUGUUCCAGGUAACGCAGUUCCCAAAUGCGCGGGGCGAUGACGAUGUGUACGCGACAGAAAAUGCCUGUGCAGCGAUCGCCAAAGUCUUGCAUUACAAUGCUGCAAGCGUACCAAAUCAGCAACAGGUCAUAACCCAAUGGAUCGAUACCUUGCCGAUCGUAAACGACGAAGAAGCUGCUCCGUAUGCUUAUGCCUACCUUGCUCAGCUAAUUGAUCAACAAAACCCCGUUGUUGUUUCGAACGCAUCAAAGAUAUUUGUCUUCAUCGCUCAAGCUUUGGAAGCAGAGACCUUGCAAGGACAGACCGCUAAUCGGAUCGUCCAGUCAGCGAAAUUACUACUUGGAAUUGCAGGAUUGGAUCCGUCACAACUGUUACAACAACUUCCCCCUGAGACCCAGCAGACGGUUCGGGCGUAUUUUGGUUGAAAAUGUGA